AUUCUAGAUAACUUUUGUUUAAAAAAACACUUAGAAACAUCAAACAUGUCUUAUUCCUGUAAAACUCAACACCAAAAGCCCGUUAUAAUUAGGAAUCCCAAGUCUGGAUUUGUCCUAGAUGCUUGUGAAUAUCAUGUAAAGAUUCAGCAUUAUUCCGGAAGUCCAUCACAAAAGUGGACACUACAAUGUUUGAACCAAGGAAAAUUCAUGAUCAUAAAUGUCGGAAAUGGAAAAGCUUUGGAUAUAGAUAAUGGAGCUAAAAUCUGUGCCAAAUUAAUAACUUUUCACAAACAUGGCAAAACUAAUCAACAAUGGUACGUGAACGCAGAUGGUACAUUGCAAUGUCCUGUUGACAACUUGGUUUUGGACAUUGUAAAUGGAAAAUAUUACCCUGGAAAUAAUAUCAUUGCUUUUCCGAAGCAUGGACGAGAAAAUCAAAAAUUCCAAUUACAACCAGAGUACACAAACAUCGACGACACUGCAUCAAACCUGACUAAACUAACUAUUACACAUACAACUAAGGUCCGCCGCUUUAGAGAAAAAAGCAUGAGUUACGGUUUUCAACCACCACCACCGUAUCAACCAGGAGCACCUCCAUACCAGCCUGGAGCACCUCCCUACCAGCCAGGAGCAACUUUACAAUCCGGUUUUCCAUCUGGUGCUCCACCACCGUACCAAGGUGGACAAUGUGCCGUUAUCAGAAACACUCCUUCUGGCCUGUGUCUUGAUGCAACUGAAUAUGAAGUUAAGUUGCAACAUUACACUGGUUCUCCUGCCCAACAAUGGAUACUGGAGCCCGUAGGAGGCGAUAGAUAUGUUCUUAGAAACAAGGGAAAUGGGGCUGUGUUGGAUAUUGAAGGAGGGCCAGAUUGUGGUGCAAAUUUGAUUACAUAUGAGAGUCACGGGGGGCCUAAUCAACAAUGGUUUGUAAAUCCAGACCAUACCAUAACUAGUGGUGCUGCAAAUUUGGCUGUGGAUGUUUGUGAUGGUCAGUGCUUCCCAGGGAAUAUUCUUAUAGCCUAUGACAGGCAUGGGGGCCCUAAUCAACAAUUUCAUUUGGAGUACCAUUAAGUUUUUGUUGAAUUAUUGCAUCUGACAUAUUUAAGGAUUGUAGUAAUUACCCAAAUGUUACUCUUUUAACUACAAUCUAUACAAACAACAGGAAAAUUAUUAUUACGUUUAAGGUCAGUCAAAUGUCUAUGUCAAAUGCAGUCAAAUGAAAGUUAUAUAUUUUUAAGUUGUACGCACUUACGUUUUUUAGGCCUUAAAAUGGAGUAGAAUCUUAUAAUUUAAACAGUUUCAUUUGUCAUUUUAAUUUAAUAGUGGUUAUUAGUUAUCGAAAAUUAAAUAAAACUAUUAUUUUCAA